AAUGUCUUGUACGGUUUUGCGUCAUCAAACGUCGUCCGUGAGGCGAGCACACCGGUGUUUGUCAUUCCAACCAAAAUGUCUUACCCGCCAACAUAGUUAUUAAAUACGAAUAAUUAAGUAGUUUGUAACGAGUCAUUUUAAAUCAUGCUACUAUCAAUUGCGAGUUUUUGCGCUCGAAAUGGGACAAGAGUACCGGCCAGGGCUGCUAAGUUCCUCUCACCAGCGGUCAACAAACACGCGGCCCCGCGGGGUUCAUCUUCUCCCCCCGCGGCGAUGGCGGCUCUCCCGCCGGCUUCACGGAAGCCAAACGUCCGGUGGCUGUCGUCCCAGCGGCAGGAGGAGCCCUCAGUUUCCGACGAAAAUGACAAGUUUGGGACUUAUUCCACCGACAUAUCCGCCAGGAAGGUUUUCAAGAAAAGCAGCCCGGAAAUGUUGGACUUGCGGUACGGAGAAGACGAGGACCGGACGCCGGGGAAGAACGUCCGCAGGGUGGCGAGGAGAAAUACCAGCUACUGGUACUUCUUACAAUGCAAGAAGCUGAUUAAAGCAGGAAAGCUGCAGGAGGCCUUGGACAUGUUCAGCAGAGACAUGCUGCUGGCGGAGAGACUCCAGCCGGAGGAAUACAACUACAGCGUCCUCAUUGGAGGCUGUGGACGGGCUGGACAACUCAAGAAGGCCUUCAAGCUCUACAACAACAUGAAGAAGCGAGGUCUGGCGGCGUCGGACGCCACCUACACGGCUCUCUUCAACGCCUGCGCGGAGUCGCCCUACAAGAAGACUGGCCUCCAGCAGGCGCUUAAUUUGGAGCAGGAGCUGCGCCGCAAGAACCAAGCCCUGAGCACCAUCACGUACCACGCCCUACUCAAGACGCACGCCGUCUGCAACCACCUGCAGGCCUGCUUGCACACGCUGAGGGAGAUGCUGCAGAACGGCCACGCCGUCACGCCGCAGACCUUUCACUACUUGCUGAUGGGAUGCUUAAAGGACAAGGACUUGGGCUUCAGACUCGCUUUGCAGGUUUGGCGGCAGAUGCUCAAGUCCGGGAUCGUUCCGGACUCCAACAACUACACCCUGCUCUUGAGGACUGCCAGAGAUUGCGGGAUGGGCGACGUUGCGCUGGCCUCCAGCCUCCUGCUUGGACCACAUGUGCAAAAACCAAAGUCCGGCAAAGCUCAGGUUGAUGUGGACCUCCUGGAGCGGGAGCUGUUCGUCUCGGCCGAUGUCCAGGGCAGCGGCGAGCACUCCCACCACACACAGAACUCUUUGGUGCCGUCCAGGCCUGACGGAACAGAGCUGCUGCCGGUUGGCUCCGCCCCUAACCUGCUGGACCUCCUGGAGGGGACGGGGCACGGCUCCAUCUCCUUCGGCAGUGUGGAGGGACCCUCCGAUAGACUCGCUCUGCUUGGCGGAGGCGAAGGUUUCCUGGACAAGAUGGCGGCAAACGGGCUCAAGCCGGACAUUCGGACGUUGACGCUGCUAGCGGACACAAUGGAGCCCGGCGUCCGGUCUUUGGAGGUACUCUUAAAAGUCGCCAAGCAGCAUCACGUCAAGCUGGACGCCGCAUUUUACAACUCGGCCAUUCGUAGGACGGCCAGAGCUGCAGACCUGGAUGAAGCUAAGGCCGUGUUGGCUGUGAUGCAGCAGCACAACGUGAGUGUGGACGUGCAGACGUUUGGAAGCCUCGCCCUGGCCUGCCGGCGACAGAAAGAUGGUCUUCAGCUGCUCCAAGACAUGCAGGAGGCAGGAUUAAGGCCCAACGUCUACGUGUUUUCCGCCCUGAUUGGCCAGGCGAGUCGUCGGCUGGAUUACAUUUACCUUAAAACGCUGCUGAAAUGCAUGCGCACCCUGGAGGUGUGGCCUAACGAGGUCAUCAUCAAACAGCUGGAAUUUGCCGCACAGUACCCUCCCAACUACGACCAGUACAAGUCCCGCAACAACUACCUGGUGCAGAUCGACGGUUUCCGUGGUUACUACCAGCACUGGCUGCGGGUCAUGCCGGCCCAGAGCGACAAAGACCACGGGGCGGAGCUCCGGCCCGAAUCCAAGCCAGCGGAGGACGAGGCGGGAAGACUCGACGAGGUUUCGAAAACCAAAGAGCGGUGAAGAGCAGACAAAAUUAGCAACACGGAAACAUACACAAUACGUGAAUAUGAAUUCUUAUUUCAACACUCAACUGAUACUGUCAAAUAAAAGAUUUCAUUACCUUU